GGAAGUAAAUCUGAUCAAGAUCAUAUGAUAUGAAUAUGAUCAGACAACCCCCAUUGUAGAUGGAGAUAUCAGGGAGUACAUUUUGUUAGUACUUGUCUGUUAAUAAACAGAGGGCUAGAAGUUGAUUGCCUAACCCAUGACCUGCCUGAGAUAACUUUUGAUUUUGCAAGACACGCACAGGGAAGAUUGUUGCAUUUUUUACCUUUAUGAAAACAAAAACAUGAGAUUUUCAAAGAAACAACUACUGUUCUCACUUCAAAUACUACUUGUGUGGCUGAAUGCAGGAAAUGGACAGUCCCAAAAGAUCCACAGAAAGAUUUUUGCAGAUGUCACCAGCAACAAACUGACCAGAGAGCAUGAUGGGAGUUUUGGAAUGUGGUCACUACAUGGGAUUGCCAAAGAAAGUCAUGCAAAAAAUCAUGAAUUCAUUUUCAAUGCAGAUUUGGUGGAGGAAGGAAAUCACAAACAUAUAGCUUCUGCGUUAUAUCCAACUCUUGGUCUGACAUCUGACCUUGAUCCAGUAUAUCAGGAGUACCUGAUGUUACAAGCUCAACUUAUUGGGAUUGAUGGAUUUCUGGUGGAGUGGGGGUACAAAGGACACCCUAGCGAUGUUGCUUUACAAAGCUAUCAGUCUCUUGCAAGAAAGCACCAGCCAUUCACACUAGGUGUCAAUUGGUGUGACCACUGGCUAUAUGAAACAAUAAAUAAUCAAUCAAGAACAGUGAUUUUGAAAACAUUUCAUGACAACUUGCAGUAUUUGAUGGAUACUUUAUUUCAAGCAGGACCAUCAUUUUCCGUAUUCCACAAAAAAAAUCCAGUUAUAUAUCUUUUCGGCGGAGGAAUAACUUCAGAUAUAUUACGAGAAUUAUUGUCCAUGCCAUUGGAUUUAAAAGAAGGGAUUGAUAAACCAAUUUGGAUUGGCAAUUACCUAAAUUUUGCAUCAGAUAAGAAAUGGGAAGAAUGGGCCGACCUCUUAAAUGGAACGUUUGGAUGGGUGCCUCCAAGAAAUACACCUACUCCCCCUGACAUGUCUGAAUGGGAUUAUUAUGCUUCACUGGAGGAUGUUAACCAGUACCAAAAAUCCAUCAACAAAUUUGGUUCCAAAUGUCUCAAGAAGAAGGAGUGUAUCAUGUGGGUGGGGUCAGCAUCCCCGCAGUUUGAUAAUCGAGGGUGUGCAGGUUGGGGAGGAGAACUCAAGAAAAUGGCGCAAUGGGCAAACGACACUUCAACAGGACUCAGUAUUGACGUAUUUGAUGCCCAGUGGCGUUAUUAUAUCAAUCAUGCUACCACAACAGAAACCAUCCUCAUCCCUACGCUCAAUGACUUCUCCGAGGCUUCCGUCAUCCUGGCAACCAACGAGACGGGCCUCCAGUCACUGUUCAGUGUAUUAUUCUUUGCAAGAGAUUGGAAACAGAAAUGUUACUAUGGCAAUGAUGCAUUACUGCUGUUUGGAUUCUUGGAUUGGUACAGGAUUUACAAAGAAGCGCAGUUUUUAGGACGUAUUCCUAAUCUGAAUGCAACAGAAAUCAUACAAAUUCUUAAAGAAACUGGGCAGUUGAUCAGUCAGCAAAAUAUGGAUAAAGCAAAAAAUAGCCUCGGUAAAGCAAGAAAGUCUUUAAAUCAACUGCGAUCAUCUGUGACUACAAAGGUGCUCAAUUUCCAGGUGCCAAGUGAACACCUUUAUACAGUUGUGCCACCUGUACAAGAUCCUAAUGGUAAUUACAUCAUCAAUAGCACAAAUGGUCUCUUCGUACAGAUGGAACAGUCAACUGCUGAUGAGGUCAGCAAAAACAACUUUAAGGGUUUUAUGGCAUUUCAGUACAAAUUGCUUGAUUCAAACUUUUCACACCUCUUUGCAAUGUCCUCAACAAAUCGAACAAAUUCCCUCACCAGCGUUGUGCCUCAAGAAACUGUGGAUGGCAGCAGACUCUAUGGAAAAUUCACCUCAAAAUUUGCAGAGAUUUGUGACAUCAUGUGCAAUAUUCCAGAAAUUUGGCAGACAGCCAAUGUAACUCUCUACAAGCAGAACCAAUCAUGGGACCACAGUGCUAAAUAUUCAUCCGAUAUUUACUUCACUGCUGAUGCAAACUUCCUCAUUAGGAAUGUGUCACUCAGGCUUGAUAUAUGGAAGAAGAAAUGAUCUUGGAUUUGUGAUCAUAUUAUAUCUUGUAUAUUAUAUAACCUUCCAUUUAUUACCCAGUAAUAAGAUGACCAUAUUCUGUACCAACUGGAUACAGUGCUCAAGGCACUCACAACAGAAUGCCAAAAUAAUAACUGUGAACCUAGAAUUAUCCAAUCUUCAUUAACACAAAGAGCAUCACUGCACCGUUUACCAAAAAAUUGAAGGCGUAAUAACUGAUAUAGCACACAUCGUACACAGUAGUGGCGCCCCAUGCCACACCGAUAUUAAAAUAUUAAUUUGCCUAUCAGAAACGCUAUUUUGAUUGCCAUUCGCUAAUGUUGUGGUCUAAAAGCACAAUUUUGGGCCAUACUAAGCCAUGAAAACUCUCCCCAAGAAUCCUACCAGGAAUUUUUAUUCCGGGACCCUGAUCGAGGCUCUAGUCAGCCCCUUGGUUCCAACCCUACUGUCGGACAUGUUCAAAUGAUUUAUUAUUUAUAUUUAUUUUCAAGUGCUCUCAAAUAAAAAAUACUAUCAAAUAUCUAGGGUGGGCAAAAAUCAUAGUCACUUCAGUACAUAGAGUAAUACACCCAUUCUGUACUAUGAAAGAGAGCAGAAAAUUAUGCUAUAUUAAACUCUAUUGGGUUAACAAAAAUAUAAAUUAUAUUUUGUCCUACAAAAUAGCAUAGCUAUAUAAUAGCCUUGAAUAUGCAAAGUAACUGGACAUCCAACUAUUUCUUUACAUCUAUACUGUUAAAGGUACCUAAGUAUAAGCUUCUUUGAUAUAUAUUGGGUUAUUUUCAUAUGGAACUUUAUAUUGACUAUGCUAUGGUCAUAGCACCAACAAUAAUGAACUUAAGACAGUAAGCCUCUUUGAUAGUGAAAAUAUAUUUGGUUAUUUUCAUAUGGAAGUUUAUACUGAUUAUGCCAUGGUCAUAGCACCAACAAUAAUGAACUAAGACAGUAAAGCCUCUUUGAUAGUUAAAAUACUGUAUAUUGGGUUAUUUUCAUAUGGAACUUUAUAUUGACUAUGCUAUGGUCAUAGCACCUACAAUAAUGAACUUAGACAGUAAAGCCUCUUUGAUAGUGAAAAUAUAUUAGGUUAUUUUCAUAUGGAAGUUUAUACUGAUUAUGCCAUGAUCAUAGCACCAACAAUAUUGAACUAAGACAGUAAAGCCUCUUUGAUAGUGAAAAUACUGUAUAUUAGGUUAUUUUCAUAUGGAACUUUAUGUUGAUUAUGCUAUGGUCAUAGCACCAACAAUAAUGAACUAAGACAGUAAAGACAGGUUUCCAUAGAAUUGCUACAUAGUCGCUACAGCGUUUUCACUGCAAUCCUUGCACUGUAGCUGUCCCUGACGCAAUCAGAAACUCUCCCCAAUUCAACUGACCAAUCAGCGUCACAAAAUUAGGCGGUGACAGCUUGUAGUGAUUUUUAUGGAAACCAUGCUUAAUGUGCAUACUGUAUUAUCUAAGUCCUUGUUCCAUGAUUAUUUGACCCACUCCUCAUUUUUGCAUCGUGUAGUUUUUGUAAUAAUUUGACCCACUCAUUGUUUCAUGAUUACUUAAGGUUCAUCAAUUUUUUGGUCUAAUCUUUGUUCCAUUACUGGCAAACUUUUGGCUCAAUCAUUGUUCUGCGAGUAUUUGGCCCAUUCCUUGUUCCGCAAUUCCACUCGCCGAAUCUUGGCACUUACAGUUUUUGGAAGGCUCUCAACAAAUUCAAUCUAAAAAGCAAUAAAGUAAAUAAAGUAAACACACUGAAACACAAACCACCAAUUAAAAUUUUAAAUAAUACUGAAUGUUAAAUCGUAUAACAGAGUUUUGGGGCUUCUACCCCACCACACAUUCUUUUCUAGGGAUGCAUUAUGUAAGGACUAAUGCAGAUUAGGGGUCUACAUUUAAAUAAUAUAUGAAUCACAGCCCAUAAAUAACACAAAGGUUUAAAUAGAUAAUAGUACACGGUUUUCAAGAAUACGCAACACCCAGGAGAUGUCCAAAACACAGGAAGGGGAGGGGGAGGGGCUGAUGUGCACGUGGUGAGACAUCACUCAAAAUAGUUUGAAAGUGGUUUAGGGGUCGAAAAAUAUAAUUUAGGGGUUUCAAAGGAUUAUUUAAUCAAAUUUGGAGUCUACUAAAAUGUAGAAAAUACAUAUGGUAUAAUCUUUUUCUUCCCAAUGAAUUGUGGUUUUACUCCUGAACAGGGGGGGGCAGCUCACCUCGACGCGAUCCCGGUCCCCUUGAUUUGUAUAAUGUUUUGGCUAACCCUGUUUGGUCAGGGGCUAAGGAUAUGUUGCUCUAAACAUACACUGCAGCACCUUCAAAGCCCAUUGUGAUGAUCUGGCUACCAAAUUCUUCAAACACGUUUUUGGGGUUUUUUUUUUAUUGAUAAUGGAAUCAUAUAAGUUUUAUUAUUCACAUAAUGCGUAUUAGUCAUCUGUUCUAAGUAUAAUUAAAGAUGAUGCUGUCGCUUGCACCGUUAAGGUAUUUUUAAGUAGGUUUAAAGCAUAUCAUUUUACUCAUCAGAUGUAGAUAUAUUUUCGACUUUUUAAUAUGUUAUUUCAUAAAUUUUAUUUUAUUGUAAAUGUUUUUUGGUGUUGUGUAGAGACUUCUGACUCACUGAGUCACAGAGGCAAUUGCUUCUUUAGAAGUCCCAGGACCUUUGUGUUAAAUAAAUAAAUGAAUUCUAUUAUAAGG